AUGCGAGAAUGCCAGGUAUCCCUGGUCAGCGGGAAUUUGUUUUCUGAUGCAGCUGUGUCUUUACUUAUGGCAGGGUCGACAUGCAAGGAUUGGUCAAGUAUGGGGAAAGCCCAUGGGUUCUUCGGCCCAAACGGGAUAGCCUUCGUUGUAAUGAUAGCGGUGGUCCAGAAGAUCAAGCCAAUCGUGUUCUUGCAUGAGAACACUCGUUCCUUUGACUUCUCAAUGCUGGCCUUUCUCCUCUCUGACUCAUACCAGCUGCACCACACUUUCUUGAAACCGGAAGACUUCGGCUGCCCAGCCAAACGCACGAGAUCUUACAGCGCCUUGAUCAGAAAAGAUCAUGACCUGGAGCGUGGAUUGGAUGAGAUGUUUCGGAUGACAACUUUGACACACGAUCAGCUAGAUUGUGGAGCCUUUUUGCUCGCUCCUGCAGAGGAGGUGCAUGAGCUGAAGACCUACAUGGCCAAGAACAUGUGUCGGGGUGUUCACGAAAGCUGGGAAGAUCUUUUGCCCGUUUCAGCCAGAGCGCAUCUGGGCAACAUCAAAAGUCUAGAUGAGAUCAAGCAAGUGCUCCAGGGCCAAACCUGCGAGGUGGGAGCUAACUUGGACCAGGACAUUGAGCAUUCAACUUCCCAUGUUGGAAAGCACUUGCCCGUGAUAUUGGCAUCUACUACAUACAUGUGGGCUUUGCUCCGAAACAGACCCUUCACUGCGAAGGACCUUUGCUCAGUAAGCGUGUAA